AUGGGUAAAACAUCACCCACUCUUUUCUUUCUUCUCCUAAAAAUAACUCAUGUUUCACUAUUACUAAAUUCAGUCAUUGCAGUUCAUCCAAAGAAAGGGUUUACUUUAAGGAUGAUUCACAAAGACUCGGAAGAAUCACCUUUUUAUGAUCCUGCUGUUGAUAUUCGGUUGACAGCAGAGGAUAGACUUCAAAAACUUAUCAACCAAUCCAAAAGUCGAGCACAUUACAUCAGGUCACAAAUAUUACUCAACAGACAAAAUGCAACAAGCUCGACGAGGAAUCCUGAUAUUGUACGUGUGCAGGUAAGUUAUGAUGCAUCAAUGUGGUACCUUGGAUUGGUAUGUAUAGGUUUAUUUCCUGAUAAAUCAUGCAUGCCUUAUUAUCUGGUUAUUGAUUCGGCAAGUGAUGUUACGUGGGUUCAAUGCAAAGGUGCCACAAAAACUUUCUUCCAGGAUUAUCCUCUUUAUCCUUGGAAAAAUUCACUAACAUAUCGACCUCUUCCGUGUAAGGAUCAUAGUAUUCUCUGCCCUGGCAAUGAAUGCAAUGACAACGGCCAAUGUAUUUACCGAGAAAAUUAUUUAAAUGAUAAAUCUGCGUCUGGUAUUCUUGCUCAAGAAACGUUCACUACAUUCUCAAAUAAUGGUGGAUAUGAAAGUAUUCAAAUAGUCAUGGGCUGUGGUUUUGAACAAGAAAAUUUUGCAGGUUUCGGUAAUAACCAUUUAAAGGGUAAACCUGAUCUUAUCGCAGGAGUACUUGGUUUAGGAAGAGGAGAUAAUUCUUUUCUGAAACAAUUAGGUGGUGCUGGACAAGAUAAAUUUUCCUACUGCUUAGAGUCAUACAACGAGAACAUUUACACAAGCAGCACAUAUUUAAGUUUCGGUGAAGAUGCGAUAAUUGGAGGCCAAGUACAGAGAACUCCCAUUGUUGUGAACCCCUUUCAGACAUCGCUUUAUUACUUAAAUCUAGUGGAUAUAAGUGUUGAUCACAAAACCGCAGAUUUUGUAAGCACGGAUUUUAAGAUCAAAGAGGAUGGAUCAGCCGGUUGCCUCAUAGAUUCUGGGGCUCCAUUUACUCUUAUUUAUAAAGAUCACUUUGAAAGAAUUGCACCUUUGGUGGUGGCAUAUUUUCAACAAAUUGGCAUGCCUCGUGAUGAAUCCACCAACCCCAAUUUUCUUUGUUUUGUUAUACCGCCAGUACCGGUUAUAACUCCGUCCAUAACAUUCCAUUUUCAAGGGGCAGAUUAUGUUGUUUCUGAUACUGCUUCUCUGUUUUUUCGAACCGGUGGAAGUAUUUGUUUGCUUAUCGGUAGAUUGAAUACGGAUAGGCCGGCUUUUAUUUUAGGAGCAUUGCAACAAACUAAUAAGAGACUUUUGUAUAAUAAUAUGAAUAUGGAACUCUCGUUUGCUGAUGAGGUAUGCAAACAACGCUAG